GAGAGCAUGCUGCAGCUGAAGAUGCAAUCAGAGGAGAGCCUUGGUUUGCCCUACCUCCCUGAGCCUGGAAUGCUGCCUGCAUGGGCAGAACCAAUACUAGUGGUGCCGCACAAGGUCCAGCGAGACAUCGAGCAGUUAGAGUACCUCGUGUCCAAAGGACGGCUGGACUCGGAGAUGGAGAACUAUGUGGCCGAAUUCGCGCUGCCGGAGUUCCGGGCAGUGCUGUAG